AUGACGUCAGAUAACGGACUCAAUUCUCAGAGGGUGUUCAAGAAAUCGUCCCCAAACAACAAACUGACUGUAUACCUCGCAUCCCGUGACCUGGUGGUGGAAAAUGGAAGCAUUGACAAGAUCCAGGGGGUGUUGCAUGUGGACGCUGAGAAUCUCACCAACAAAAAGCUGUUCGGACAAAUUACACUUACUUUCAGAUAUGGUCGAGAGGACGAAGAGGUGAUGGGAUUGAAGUUUUGCAAUGAAGCAAUAAUGAGCCUCGUUCAAAUAUGGCCGCCGCACUGUAACCACGAGCGAGAACCGAAUACACCGCUUCAGGAUGCGCUUAUAAAACGUUUAGGCGCCAACGCAUUUCCGUUCCAUCUAGAAUUGACACCUCUAGCGCCGCCCAGUGUACAGCUGGUGCCGGCCAAGCAGUACCAUGGAGCACCUAUCGGCACCUCGUAUGAUGUUCGGGCUUAUAUUGCGGAACGAGCAGACGAGAAGAUAUCCCGCCGCAACACAGUGCGCAUGGGCAUCCGCGUACUACAAGGAGCUGGCCGGCCGCAACGCCCCGCGCUCCCCGCGCCCGCGCCGCCACACACCCUCAGCGCGCUCGCACACCACAACGUGCUCAGACUCAAAGCAAAAACGAAGUUGGAGCCAGACCACAGUCGAAUGAAAAGCGACGAAAUAGAGAACAUGGAGCCAACACCACCUCGAGCCUCAGUCGAAAAGCCUUUUCUGCUAUCUGACGGCAGAGUCGAAUUAGAAGCGUGGUUGGAUAAAGCGACGUACUCUCACGGCGAAGCUGUCAAUGUUAGCGUGGUGAUCGCCAACCAUUCGUCCAAAACCAUCAGACGCAUAAAGGUCCUCAUCAUCCAACACGUGGAUGUAUGUAUGUUCUCAAAUGGAAAGUUCAAGAACGUAGUGGCUCUGUUGAGAGGGGAUGGCACUCCGAUAUUACCGAGCCAAACUCACAAGGAUACAUUCUCGCUGACUCCGUAUAGAGGAGUAACCAAAAAUUGGAUAGCACUAGAAGAUUCCUACUCGAAAUCUGGCGCCAGUCUGGCUUCAACGGUUCUAUGCAACCCAAAUUCACCAGAAGAUCGCAACGUAUUCGCUAUUUACGUGUCCUACUACGUAAAAGUAAAACUCACUCUUGGCACGAUAGGCGGGGAUGUGUCCGUCAAACUGCCAUUCACACUCACACACUCGUGCAUCAACGAAGCCCCAACUGACAGUGUCAUCGAAGAGGCGACACACAAAAUGAUACUCGAAGGGAAAGAAAACAGCGAAGAAGACGAGAGCAAAGCCGACGAGAAGGACAAACAAAACAACAAUCGCGAUGGAACACAGAACACGGCCUUCGAAGAUGGCGAUGAGAAAUCGCCAGACGUUCAUCGGUGCAUAGCUGACGUUCUAGUGAACAUUGAGAAUCAAAUGGAUAGACCAGUAAAGGUUGCUGGUCAAAGAGAAAUUCCCACUGUGAAGCGCAAUGACGAAGAAUUGGAUCUCAUAGAGAAAUACCCGGGCUCUGAUACGUGAUCCGACGAUGAAAUCGGUGACACUAGGCAGGGUGAAAAGACUGAGUCAGAUCACAUGAUCAGCGCUAUACAGGCUUGUAAAGUAGAGGUCCAAAUGCACAGAGGUGGUUUCGCUGAGAAUUUAAAGAGAGCCGUGUGUUGUAUAGAUCGCCGACGGCAAUCAUAGUAAGUCAGUAGUUAGCAAUGGUAUUUCCACCUAGUAUUUGUAUAUUUUCCUCGUUAAAAUGAUACAUACAUGUAAUUUAUGUAUUGCCACCAUAGUCAAAAUAGUUAUAGUACUGUCUAAUUUUAAGUAUUAUAAGAUAUUUCCAUCGUUAACAUUGUAAAUUGCACAUAGAUAAAUUGAAAAUAAUAAACUAUUGUAGAUAAGUUUAAAUUAUACGAGAAACUAAAUAGCCUUUGUAUAUUUAGUCCUCAAUA